GUACCUCUCGGGACUAUCGGCAAUAUCUAUGUCAAAACAAAGGGGUUAAUGAAAAGAUAUUUCGGUGACGAAAAACUCACAAAUGACGCCUUUGACUCUAAUGGGUUUUUUAAUAUGAAUGAUUCGGGAUAUUUCAAUAAAAAUGGCGAUCUGAUAGUUUUUGGUCGAACAAAAGACGUCAUAGUCCGAGGUGAAGACUAUUUUCAUCCCACUUGGAUCGAACAAGUUAUCAGACGAUGUCCAGAAGUUAAUGACGUCAUGGUAGUAAAGGUCCCGGAUGUUGAGGAAGAUCAAGAGAUAUGCGCAUGCGUUGUGCUGGUUCCUGGAUCAAAAUACAGCGUGGAACAAAUAGAAGAAUUCUGUAAA